AUUUUAUAAAAUAACCAUUGCGUCGCGACGUACACCACAAACAAUCUUUCGACGCGCCGUAUAUAUUUCCAAGAGGCCUUCCUUACCCUAAUAUUCUUCUGGGCUUGAGGCACGCACUCCCUUGAGCGAGCACCGACGGCGAAGAAAACCGCGAUCCGCGUCUGAGCUCUCGCGACUAUCACCGACGACCUGAAUAUUCUCUUGCUCGACCCUGUUGGAAUCUCGAAAAAGCGGCAAUCACAAUGUCUGGUGUAUUUGGAAGCGCUGCGGCGUCCACAACGAGCUCCGUUGGCGACCUUAAGUCGGACAUCGCCCUCAGUGAUCCUCCCACCGAUUCUAUCUCCGCCCUUUCUUUCUCUCCCGCGCCCAACGGCCCCGACUUCCUCGCCAUCUCCUCCUGGGACAACAAGGUCCGCAUCUACGAGAUUGCACAAAACGGCCAAAGUCAAGGCCGCCACGCCUAUGGCCACGAACAGCCCGUCCUCGACUGCGACUUCUCCAAGGAUGGAACCAAAGUAGCCUCCGCCGGUGCUGACAAGCACGUACGAGUUUGCGACCUGGCCUCGCAGCAGGACAUCUCCAUUGGUACACACGACAUGGCCGUCCGCAACGUCCGAUUCUUCGAGAACAACGGAACACCCAUGGUCGUCUCUGGUUCGUGGGACAAGAGCGUCAGAUACUGGGACAUGCGCCAAAGCGGCCCCGUUGCCACUGUUCAGUGCCAGGAGCGUGUGUACUCGCUCGAUGUUCGCGACAACCUCUGUGUUAUUGGCACGGCCGACCGCUAUAUCAACGUCAUCAACCUCAAGGAACCCACCAAAUUCUACAAGACACUGCAAAGCCCUCUCAAGUGGCAGACGCGCGUAGUCAGCUGCUUCACUGAUGCUGCUGGCUUUGCCAUUGGCAGUAUCGAGGGCCGCUGCGCCAUCCAAUACGUCGAAGAUAAGGACUCGAGCUCCAACUUCUCCUUCAAGUGCCACCGCGACCCAGUGCAAAACAACACGGUCAAUGUGCACGCCGUCAACGCCAUCUCGUUCCACCCUGUCCACGGCACAUUCAGCACAUCGGGCUCGGACGGAACCUUCCACUUCUGGGACAAGGAUGCUAAGCACCGUCUCAAGGGAUACCCCACCGUCGGAGGCAGCAUCACAGCCACAACGUUCAACAAGUCUGGUAGCAUCUUUGCGUACGCUGUUAGCUACGACUGGAGCAAGGGUUACCAGCACAACACGCAAAGCUACCCUAUCAAGGUCAUGCUUCACCCCGUCCAGAACGACGAGUGCAAGCCCAGAGCACCUGCUAAGAGAAGAUAGAGUGGCUGCAUGAGAGGGAGAGGGGAAGACACAGUUGACAGAAGAUUGGCAGGUCUACCCGCACUAUAGAUGAAGCUUGGAUUUUAUGGACGGACAAGCCGGAUCAUACGGAUACAAGGUGGUGGCGUAGGUUGGACAUGUACAGCCAAAUGCGUAUAUUUGGCAAUGACAUUUUAUCCUUUGUAUUUUUUUUCUCGAGUUUUCUUCAUAGUUUGGUCAAACAAACAAUUGGACAUGAUAUCAUUAGUGGCUUAGUUAGGAUGGAAUAAAAAAAGAAACAUCACUGAAAUUUCAC